UAAUUCAUUAUUUUGUUGUUAUGUUGACCUGUAUACUUUCACAUAUUCUAUAUAUUCACAUUACCAUACUGCAUACAGAUCGCCAAACACAAGUAAAACCUUCUUCAUCAACAACAUGGCUAGAUCUUUGGUGCUCUCUCUAACCCUCGCAUUCCUCUUCAUCGGAAUGGUCUCAGCUCGUGACUGGAACAUCCUAAACCAGUUUAAGGGACUCAAGCCAACCACAACCACCAGCCAGAACGGCGUCGCCUCACUGAAAGGACCAAACCUAAACGGAUACUGCGAGAGCUGGAGAGUUAAUGUGGAGCUUCACAACAUCAGAGACUUCACGGUGGUGCCACAGGAGUGCGUGUGGUUCGUCCAACAGUACAUGACUUCAUCUCAGUACGAUGAUGACGUGGAGAGAGCCGUUGAUGCAGCCAUCCUCUACCUCGGAAAAACUUGUUGCGAGAAGAAGAAAUGUGAUGGCAUGGAUGCUUGGAUCUUUGACAUUGAUGACACUCUUCUCUCCACCAUCCCUUACCACAAGAGCAACGGCUGUUUCGGUGGUGAGCAACUAAACACGACCAAGUUCGAGGAAUGGCAGAGUUGGGGAAAGGCACCAGCUGUUCCAAACAUGGUGAAGCUGUUCCAUGAGAUCAGAGAGAGGGGUUUCAAGAUCUUUUUGGUUUCUUCUCGCAAGGAGUACCUCAGAUCCGCCACAGUCGAGAACCUUAUUGAAGCCGGUUACCACAGCUGGUCUAACCUCCUUCUCAGGGGAGAAGAGGAAGAGAAGAAGAGUGUGACCCAAUACAAAGCAGAUGUGAGGACAUGGCUUACAAGUCUUGGAUACAGAGUUUGGGGAGUGAUGGGUGCACAAUGGAACAGCUUCGCAGGUUGUCCAGUUCCCAAGAGAACCUUCAAGCUCCCUAACUCCAUCUACUAUAUCGCUUGAUCAAAUCAUUUUAAGAACAAUAUUCUAACCAAAGAAUAAGAUCAGAGUUUCAAUCUGAUUCCUGAGUCUUAUUGAUUUCUUUUUUCCACUUCUGGUUAUAUAACCAAUUUCAAAUGCUUAUGAGUGAUAUAUGAACCAUGAACAUCUUUGUUUAUUUUGAAUUCAGAUGUUUGCUUUGUAACUUUGUAUACUAUUUUGGGCCUUUGUGAAAUUAAUUUUGGGCUUUUGUUAAAUAAUCUCAUUUCUCUAUA